CACGCCCCUCAGAGAACACAGUGUGACGCCGAACCGCGUAUUUCGUCACGAGCAUUUAUCUUCUCUCCUUCCUGUCCUGUGUUCGUUAUUUCAACCGUGUUCUCGCGCUGGAAGUUUGUCUCCAAUAUUGGAACGUACCAUAACUGUGUCGUGAACGGAAAUCGCCGACUUCCCAAAUAGACAGAGGCUAUUUGGCAGUCACUGAUAAAUCGUGCUAGGAAACUACACUCAGCGGGCCCAAAGGAGAAUCGACUAAUUGAUACCACCGUAAAAAAGAGGAGGAACUCAGAAAGAAACGAUGGAGAUUCUGGGAGUGAAAUUCGCUCCGUUAAACGUUCCAUUAAAUAGACGAUUAGAAACGCUCUCAGUCGCGCUUUGGAUCCUAAUUUGCGUAUUUGGAUAUUUCGCAGCAUAUAUAUUCACCGCCUAUUUUCUUUUCUUCACCCAAACCAUGCGCUACUUCAUAUUCCUUUACUUCGUCUGGAUGUUUUACGAUUGGAACAAGUUCGAUGUAGGCAAAAUACGGCGAAAACUCCAGCAGUGGAUUAGAAGCUGCGCGUGGAACCGAUACUUUUGUAACUACUUUCCUAUAAAAUUAGUGAAAACCACGGAUUUGGAUCCGAACAAGUCGUAUUUAUUCUGUAGUUUCCCGCAUGGGGUCCUAUCGUCAGGAGUUUAUGGUGCAUUCGCAACAGAUAUCAUUGGCUGUAGUGAACUUUUCCCGGGUCUUGAAUUUAGAGUCGUCAUACUUGAACAACUUUUUAAGUCGCCGCUUUUCCGCGAGUAUUGUCGCGCCAACUGCGCUCUUGCUAGCAGUCCAGAGUGCAUAAAACAACAACUAUCGACGAAACCUUUUCCACCGUAUACCGGAAAGGUGACAGUUCUGAUCCCCGGCGGAGCGGCAGAAGCUUUCGAAUGUAAACCGGGCACUUAUCGUGUCCUGAUAAAACGGAGAAAAGGCUUCGUAAAGCUCGCGCUGCAAAAUGGAAACCCUCUGGUUCCUGUCUGUUCAUUCGGAGAAACGGAUAUUUACGAUCAACUGACCUGGCCAGAUGGCUCGUACAUGAAGAGACUACAGGAUUUCAUUCGUAAGAAAAUCGGUAUGGCGCCGGUUGUACCGGUUGGUCGAGGAUUCUUCCAAUACACUUUCGGUCUUAUCCCUCGACGGAGGCCAAUUACUGUCGUUGUCGGUAGUCCGAUGGAGUUACCAAAGAUAGAAGAACCAACGAGAGAACAAGUCGAGGAAUAUCACGAGAAAUUCGUCAAGCACCUGGUGAACUUUUUCGAGAGCGAGAAACACAAGUACAUCGAGAAGGCGGAUUCGGUGCAUCUUGAGUUCGUAUAGUGAUAUCACGAAAUAAUGAUCAUUUAUAACGGAUCCACGCAGUGAUUGUUCGAAGUACCAAGAAAUUGCUCAAGUAUAAACGUACAACGUAUAUUUCUGUAUUAAAUAAGUUUUUUGAUGUGAAAUAGUUCAGCAGAGAAUGGACAAUUGUUAGGCGAUGUAGUCAAUUCAAUAAUUACGUGUCUUAAGAACUUUGCAUAGAAAAGAACCAAUAGAGUUAUGGUAUCAUGGAUAAGGACCGAAGAGCUAUGCAGUAUGCCCAGUUUAAAUGUACGCACGUUACUAUACCUCCAAUUGUUAGAAAUAUGAAUAAACUUUUGUAUAAAGGUUUUAUUGUCGAAGAAAACUUUCCAAAUUUUGUUUAAUCUAUUUCUUUGAAUCCAUAGCUUAAUUCAUCAUCCAAUGAAAUAACUUUUAUACGAAAAGUACGUUUGCAUUUUUAAUAGUUGAAGAAACGAUAGC